UCCACUUUCCGUACUGUACAGGUCAAUACGGCGGUAGUAGUCAUUUCGUGCCAUUUCACGAAUUCUCCAAAAAGAAUACAUAUUAAAAGCAAAUUUUUAUAUAGUGUUAAGAUGCAUGUUGCCUUAGGAUUAAAUACCUUCAGGGCUGUAACCAGAGCUUCCGGAUAUGUGAAAUAUUUGACGACCUUGCCUGAACCGCAAGAGCCGACUAUUAGCACGGCCAGCAUACCAGGACCGAAGUCCUUGGAAUUAAAAAAAAAAUUGAACACCAUGCAACUGGCUGACAUGGUAAACUUCUUCGUCGACUAUGAAUCUUCAACGGGAAAUUAUUUAUGCGAUGUGGAUGGCAACGUCAUGCUAGAUGUGUAUAUGCAAAUAUCCUCGAUACCAUUAGGUUAUAAUCAUCCCAGGCUGUUAAAUGUUUUUAAUAACGAUAAGAAUGUGAAAGCUUUAAUUAAUCGUCCUGCAUUGGGUUUCUUUCCUGGUAAAGACUGGCCUGUAAGGCUGGAGAAUAUUCUUAAGCAAAUAGCGCCCAAGGGCUUAAAUAAUAUAACUACUAUGAUGUGCGGUUCAUGUGCAAAUGAGAACGCUUACAAAAAUAUAUUUAUUGCUUAUGUGAGAAAGAAGCGAGGCGAGGAGGGUAAUUUCACUGAGGAAGAAAUGAAUUCGUGUAUGAUGAAUAUGCCACCAGGUGCACCUAAUCUAAGUUUACUUUCAUUUCAAGGAUCUUUUCAUGGUCGCACAAUGGGCGCUUUGGCAACAACGCAUUCAAAGUAUAUACAUAAAAUCGAUUUUCCUUCGUUAGAUUGGCCCGUUGCUGCCUUUCCCAAUUACAAAUAUCCCUUGGAAGAAAAUGAACGUGGCAAUAAAGAGGAGGACGAAAAGUGUUUAACUCAAGUCGAAGAACUUAUUGAGGCAUAUAGUAAGAAAGAUAGGCCUGUUGCUGGCAUUAUUGUAGAACCUAUACAAAGCGAAGGCGGUGAUAAUCAUGCAUCUCCAGAAUUUUUCCAACAGUUGCAAUACAUAACUAAGAAGUAUGAUAUUUCCUUGCUAAUAGACGAAGUUCAGACUGGCGGUGGUUGUACCGGUAAAUUUUGGUGCUACGAACACUUUAAUUUACCUUCGCCACCCGAAAUAGUUACGUUUAGCAAGAAACUGCAAUUAGGCGGAUACUUUCACACUUCGGAGUAUCGUCCUCGCGAAACUUUACGCAUCUUUAACACUUGGAUGGGUGAUCCGGCAAAAAUUCUUUUGCUUGAAGAAAUCAUUAAUGUCAUAAAAGAGGAUCAACUACUCGAACAAGUUCAAAAAUCGGGUAAGGUUCUAAAAACCGGUCUAUUACAAUUGGAAAAAGAAUAUCCGCAUCUAGUAAAUUCGACCCGGGGUCGCGGCACUUUCUUAGCCAUCGAUUUCGAGACACCGGAGUUACGUGAUACUGUAAUUGCUCAGCUAAGAAAAUGGGGUGUUCAUGCGGGCGGUUGUGGUAAACAAAGUCUUCGUUUCCGGCCGGCUCUAACUUUUAAGGAGAAACAUGCCAACAUCGUACUUGAUCGUCUCCGCAAAGUUUUAUAUGAAACUUAAAUUAAUAUAAAAUAUCUUUACCUUUACAAAAGAAAAUAAGUAACUAUUACAGAGGCACACGACAUUUAGUAGUAAUGCAUGCACAAUAGCUCAAACACACAAAUAUACCUACACAUAUGUUAAAGAUAUCCGCAUAAGUGUAUAGACGAUUUCGUAUCUGGAAAGCUUGCAUUGUUAGUGAGACAAUAAAUAUAUAUAUAUAUAUAUAUGUAUAUAUAUAUUAAUAUAAAA